UCUAAUCGCAAACGUGUGUCAAGACCAAGUGCGAUUCAGAGCUCCAAAUAAAAAAAAAAGGAGCUGGAAUUUUCAAAAUGAAGGUGACAAGCGUCGUCUUUUUGGGGUGCCUUGCAUUUGCAGCAGCGUUGCCCGUUCUAGAAGAUGCUAAGGCAUUAGAGCCCCAACUAAUACAAACUGUUGAAACGAAAUCCGAUACGGAUGAGUCUUUGGUGCCAGAAGAGACACAUUGGAGAAAAUUCAAGCAUGGGGGUUGGGGUGGAAGCCAUGGGGGUGGCUAUGGGGGUAACUACGGAGGAGGCUAUGGAGGAGGCUACGGGGGCGGUCAUGGAGGAGGUUAUGGGGGCGGUCAUGGAGGGGGCUAUGGGGGUGGCUAUGGAGGAGGCUAUGGGGGCGGUCAUGGAGGAGGCUAUGGGGGUGGUCAUGGAGGAGGCUAUGGGGGUGGACAUGGAGGAGGCUACGGUGGAGGCUAUGGGGGUGGAUAUGGAGGAGGCCAUGGGGGUGGUAUCGGCUUCGGUGUAGGGGGCGGUAUAGGAUUCGGGAAAUAAAGUGAAUGUAGUUUAUUAUUUGUCCAAGAUUGUGAUGAAAUCAGUAUUGCCAUUGUAGUUUAUAGCAAAUCCUUAGCAGAAUUAUGUUAUUAUAUCGAUUAGCUGCAUCUUGGUCAAAAUGCGUUUGGCGAUAUCAACAUCGAGGCUUUGAGCAAAUAUUUAUGAGACUUGACCAUGGCUUGACAUGUCAAAUCUCGUACAUUGUUUGUUUAAUUGUAUGAAUUUUAACUAAACGCCCUGCCAAAAAUGCCAGGAACUAUUAUAGAUUUCCUUAGCAAAAUAAACGUUUUUUUUUUACUCUGCCCACAAGUCAUCGUCUGAAGUUAUAACAAAAUGUCUUCAAGUUAGGCCAUGACAAAAAUGCCAUAAUUAAACUAAGCUUACCUAUAAAUUAUAAUAAAAGAUAUAAUAUUAUC